AUGCGACAGCUCCCGUACUUGGAUUUCCUCCUUCAAGAAUUCUUGAAGUCUCGUUGUUCUUCUCGCUUGUUUUAUUUUCUUGCUCUCUUCUUUUAUCCUUCUCUUGACAAAGGAAUCGAUAGGCGUCCGACUAAAGAAGUCAGAUUCUCGGGACUCGUUCGCUUUCAACGGUCACCAGCGCGGAUCUCUUCGAGGACGCCCCUGGUUUAUCCCUUUCUAGCCUGGGACGCCUCCGAACGAACGGACAAGAUGUGGACCACUUUCAGCAGCCGUGACGAGCCCGCCACCCCGUUGCCGCUGCCGGCGCGGCCCCCUACUUCCUCGUCGUCGCCUUGUUCUCCUGCUCAUCCCUACCCGCCGCUUUCUCCCAACUGUGAACAUCCUCAGCCAAUGUAUCGUGUUUACCCCCACGAUAAUGACCGCCACCACCAGCAGCACCAUGUCGAGAGCGAGUACUGCCACGCCAGGCGAGGCGGCUCGCCUACUUCUGCGUCAACAACUGCCACUCCUUGGGAUAACCCAAUGGUUGAUCUGCCCUACGUUGAUUACGCCCAGGUGGAGAUUCAGUCACAGUCUAUCAAGGUGAUUCGGUCUCCGUUGUCACUGGUGAAGUCGGUCGCGUCGAGGUUGCCGACUAGCCCUUAUAUGCUCGCCAGAGCGGUGUCUACCUACGCUACCAGGUCGAGGAGUUCUUCCCCGCCGGCUUCGACUGAGCCGCCUGUUGCUCCGCCGUUGCCGAACCGGCCGAGGAUAGAGGAGGGGUAUUCUCCGGGGGUUUCGAGACAGGGGCAGACACGGAGUAUGGAGGCUAGGGCUAGGGAGAGUGAGAGCGGGGUGAAUUGGGAUUAUGGGUCGCAGGGCAUUGGAAUGCUCUCUCUCGCCAGGCAAGGAGGCAAUGCGCCUGGUUUGGAGAGGAUGAAUUACAUUAACAGUUUGGCCUAUCUGAUGAGAGGGUUGCCGGCAGAUCUCACACCUGCGGAGGCUUCGACUAUACGGCAGAGCACACCCGCCUCGGUGGUAGGCCCGCAACCAAACGACUAUUCUGGCCCACACCAUGACAGGUCGAUCCCACCUUUACAGAGGAGUAUCGUCCACCACAUUGCUUUCAUCGUGCUGAACUGGCUGUAUGCCUUCUGGCAGGUGUUUGCACCAUUCCUGGGACAGGGAAUCUCUGGCCUGCUCCAAUUCGAGAGGGACAAUCAGCUUAUCAACAAAAUGGCGAUGAGCACGUUCAAGGGCGCGAAGAAUGCGUAUGUCUGGUUUUCUGCGGCUUACGUGGGCCAGCUCAUAGCGGCGUUCAUGGCGUGGGUUUUCCAGGGCGUUCACGGGGCUUUGACUGAGUUCCGGGCGCAGUCUGAUGCUACGAGAGCACAGGGAGGUGGUUUUUCGAACCAGCAGCAACCGUCGAUAUCGGAGGAGGAGUGGGAAAGACGAAGGAUGUAUGAACAGCAGCGGGCGCAACAUCAGGGAUGGCCAUCACAUAAUUAUUCGAUGGACUGUGCACAGCUUGCGAGGCAGGGGCUCUGAUGUGACUUGAUGGGAUUUGGUAGAGUUUGGGGGCGUGUGGGAUAAAGGGGCAGGAAGACGGGAUGGUGUGGAAAAGGUACAUAUACAGAUACAUGGGCGGGGUUUUAGACAGGAGUUCGCGGAAAGGGGGGUAUUCUACGGUUAUGCUAUUUUCAUGUCGAUGAAUAAAC